AGAAAGCUUGCGACAUAUGCACACAUCUUGAUGCACACAUCUUGAGAAGGACCAGGAGUGCGCGAUCUAAAACCUCCAUAUAAAAAAAAUGGCAAUUCGUGCUUUAUCCUCUCUGCGGCACGCCGCACGUGUCGUGCCUGCAGCUUCUGAGAGCAGUGUCGAUGCUCUGACGCGCUCCAUUCUUGGCGCCGAAGCAGCCACUGCAGCUAAAGUUUCGUCUGUCACGACCGGAAGCAGUACCGACACAAGCUUAGCAGCUGCAAGACUGGCUGAGCAGUCUAUGGGUGAUGUUCUAGAACAAAGAAGCCGGGGGCGCAUCCUGCAAAGCGUGAAAGGACGUGUCUCAGUCGAGCACAGCGGGCCAGUCCGCAUUGGAGAGUGUGUGCGAUUUGUUCCUUCGGCGGAAUCCUCCUGUGCAGCUGCGUCUACUGAAAGAACCUCACGCGAAACAACAAGAGUAUCCGCUGCUGCAGUCGGCGUUGUCACUGGAUUUUCGCGGGGUUCGGAGGUGUCUGUUGCGCUGCUCAGUAGUUCGCCAACCCGAAUGAAUGAAGUAGAGGUAAAGAAUGCAAAAGGAGAUCAUGAAAUAAGAGCACCUGCCACGGCUUUUCUCUCCUCUGCUUGUGAGUUCACGGGGAAGCUUUUCCCGAUUCCUGAAAUUUUCGCGGCUGCUGCGCAGUGUCGGAGCUCCGUGUCUGCGAGCGUGAAGCUCGCGACCUGGUGUACUAGGGGGAGCCACGACCAUGGUGAAACUGCAACUGCUGCUGUUAUCACGGGGGAACAUGUUGCAAGUGGAAUCGAAGCGGAAAGUGGCGCACAGGAACGCGACCUACAACAUUUGCUGCUAGAGCCCUCCUCGACGGGGUCUUUUGCGCUUGCUCGUGCCAACGUUUUCACGGUGCCGCGACUCUUUGGCAAUCCUAAUCGUUGCAACCCAACGUCGUCAGCUGAACAAAUACAAAGCGGUGUUGCAGGAGAGGCAGACAUCAUCGGUGCGCGACCGUCGUCGUCCUUCCUGGAUGUUGCCAUCUCUCACGACCAGAAGGCUGCGCUAAACCCGCAAAGCAUCUUUGCCUCCUGCAAGAAAACGACCACGACGAGCAGACAAAAAUCCAGGAUGAAGCAGGGUCAGCACCAGCAGCUCCUCACCGGCAAUUACCUAUUAGACCUGUGCCACACCAUCCGGCCGGGCCAACGGGUGAUCCUGAAAGGCCCGCAGAACGCGGGGAAAACGACCUUUCUCUCCCAGCUAACCAAAUCCCACCGCGAGGGCCAGAGCGUCGUGGUCUGCAGUGUCGAAAACGCCCACAAAUUUCCCAACAGCGUCGUCUUCGCGCAGGACUUCGCGCACAAAGACGCCGGGGAGCACGCGUGGAUCUCUGUUUUGAUGGCGAUUCAAUAUGCAAAGUUACUGGUGGCAUCUUCAUCUUCUACGCGAGGACCCACUAUCAGUGGGAAUAAAAUCCAGAACGGCACGAAUUCGGGACGAGGGGGGCAACCGCAAGCCGCUUGCUCGAGUCAGAAUCUGAAUCCAGCAUCAGAAUCUGAAUCAGAUGUUGAAACGAGAAUGAAAAUAAGCAAAAACCUCCAACCACCGAAACCUCUUCUGAUCAUCGAUGACGUGCUUCGAUUUCAAGAAGCGGUGAACGCGAAAAGCUUCUUCACGGUCCAGCAACUUAUCCGUACGGCGCUAAACUUGGACGGUGGUGGUGGUGGUGGUAUUGAUUCUGCUUCCUCCCCGCUGACGGUUUUUCUCUCUGUCGACGCGGAGUACUACCCUUUCGCUGAGGAUGUCAGCGACGUAAUUCUGCGUUUUGCGGACCACAGAGUGGAGUUUGAAGACGUGCGCCGGUACGCAAGGCCGUUAUUGGCGGUGAGUGGAGGGAAGCCAGCAUUUCUGGAAGGGUUGUGGCCUGCUGGCGAAGGCGUCUUCGACCAAGAAAAUGGGAGUGCUGAAGCCCAGUCCAUCUUUGGCGGGCAGAGUGCAGCAGGAGAUCACCAAGACAUGGAAAAGCAACAGAACUCAUCUUCAUCUAUGGCAUCUGCUUUCAUCCUGCGCGAAUUACUCCACCGGGUGGAGAAGGGCGCUGCUUGGAAGCGCGAAAUUCAGAACCACCGGGACCUCUCCAUCCACGUGGACGAAUGGGAUAAGGAGGACGCGUAUUCCCUGGCAGCGGCCGAACGGAUCCUGAACUGCUUUCACGGGCAGCAUCUGGGGAUGAACCUUGCGAGUUUUCGAAGAGGUUGGGAUAAAGCAUCAAAUCGGGGUGAAUCAUCUUCGGCCAAGCAGCUGCAGUUAGAGGGAACAACAAAUAGUUCGCCCCCCGCUCGAACUACCUUAACCGAUGUUGUGGACAAAUAUCGCAACAAGCUCGGCGCCCGCUGCGCCGGUCUGGGUCGGUUGUUGCUGACCCGGGGAAACGCGAAGGAGAAAAAGUCGGUAUCGAAGCAUUUGAACUUCGAAAGUGGUGCGACGACCGGUGGAGGUUCUUUCCAGCACGACAGUGACGGCUACAUGGCAGAGGAGAGACAAGGACAAGAAUGGAACAACAGCGAAGAUGAAAGCGAUUCAUCUCACCCACACGACAAGAAUACCGCACUUGGAAGCCCGGCUUUCCAGGUCAACUGCCCGCCUAUUGAAAAAGCGGACUUGAUAGCCCUCGCUCGCGCCUGUACCAUUUACCACUUCAGCAAGUGUCCGAACGAAUUCGAGGCGGCGGCGUUUCGGCGAGAUUUCUGGCGGCAGUUAAAGGGGAGGUUCUCUCCGAUGUACAAGGAAUGGCUCGGAGGGGACGGUAUUAAAAACGGUUCUUUAGAUGGCGUUGCCGCCUUGGACCAGGCUCUGUUGGAAAUGCGGCACGAGUUCGAACUUGUCAGGCCGCAGUUCUGA